CAGCCGCCGGGCGUCUGCGGCCAUGGCGGGGCGGCUGGGUCCGCGCGGGGCAGGAACAGCCCCAGGCUUGGGGGGCCAUUGGCCGCUCCCCGCACCCAGAGGCGCAGUGACCAGUCCCCGGGGCAUGAAGGCGCGCCCCUGUCCAGGUGAGCUGCAGGCCCGGCCAUGUCCAGUGACCUGCGAUGGCCGCACUUCUGAGGGCCCUAGGUCAGACCCUCUACCACGUGGGCCCCAGCGAGCACAAGGCUGGCCCUCCGGGUCCCGCGGGCCAUGAGGGGCUCCGGGGCGCUGCUGCUGCUGUGGCUUCCUCUGCUGGCCGCGAGUCCCCCGCACGUCUUCUGGCCUGGCCGAGGCGUCUGUGCUGUGGGGGCGCCCCGGGACCCCAGGCCCGAGUCCUUUGUGCAGCGGGUGUACCAGCCCUUCCUGACCACCUGUGCGGGGCACCGCGCCUGCAGCACCUACAGGACUGUCUAUAGAACCGCCUACCGGCACAGCCGCCCAGCACCCGCCGGGCCUCGCCUCGUCUGCUGCCUGGGCCGGCCGCGCGCCAGCGGGUUCCCACGCACGUGUGGCCCAGCCUGCCAGCCGCCGUGCCGGAACGGGGGGACCUGCGUGAGGCCUGGACGGUGCCUGUGCCCCCCGGGGUGGCAGGGCGCCUUCUGCCAGACCGACGUGGAUGAGUGCCGGGCCGCGGACGGCGGCUGUGCCCAGCGCUGCGUCAACACCCCGGGCAGCUUCUGGUGCCAGGCCUGGGAGGGGCAGUGCCCGUCAGCCAGCGGGGCACUCUGCCGGCCCGAGGGGGAAGCCCCUGGGGCGACCCCACGCCCCUCUCCAGGGACCCGCGGCGAGGUGGAGGAGGAGGUGCGGGCGCUGCGCGCCCGGGUGGGGGCGCUGGAGCAGGUGAGGCCGCCGGGGCCCGGGCCGGGGUGGGGGCAGGGUCCCGGGUGCCGGACGGGGUGUGCCGGGACGCCUCCCCGGUGGCCUGUGCCCCCAGAAGCUGCGGUCGGUGCUGGCCCCGCUGCGCGGCUCCGCGGACCCCGGCCGCCUGCUGGCGCACUCCCUGCGGCAGCUGCAGCGCAUCGACUCGCUCAGCGACCAGGUGGCCUUCCUGGAGGAGCAGCUGGGCGCCUGUUCCUGCAGGAAGGACGCCUGAGGGCCCGGCAGGGGGGCCCGCCCGGGGAGCGCCCCACCCGACCCGGGAAUAAAAGCCGAGAGCUCGAGCGGUCGUGUCUGUGGCUGUCGGGAAGCCCCGCCCCAGGCGCGCCCCAGUGACUGCCCCAGCCGUCCGUGUGUCCGUCCAUUUAUAAAAACAACCAUGCCGCGAGCUCGGCCCUGCGAGGCCGCGGGAGGCCCAGUGCCCGGCGCCCCUCCCGAGAGCUGCCGCCAGCCAAGGCUCAGGC